AUGUCGAUUACAUUCAAGUUAAAAUCUGCAAACAAAAAGACCCUGAUCCAUUUGAAAUCUGAACAUUUAAUGCCGGAAAUCAAGACUUUUCGAGAGUUGGGUAUCAAUGAUGAGCUUCAGAAAGCAUGUGAUAAUCUGCAAUGGAAAGAGCCGACAGCAAUUCAGAUUUUGUCUAUCCCCCCAGCUUUGGAAGGCAGGAAUCUGGUCGCUCUUGCGGAAACAGGUUCAGGGAAAACUGGAGCUUAUGCACUACCCAUAAUUCAGAAAUUAAUGAGAGAUCCUCAUCCAUUCUUUGCGCUUGUGUUAGCACCAACUCGUGAGUUGGCAGCCCAGGUUCAAGCUCAAUUUAAUGCACUUGGAAAAAUUGUUGGUUUGUCUACCGUCUUGUUGGUCGGUGGUGUCCCUAUCACUCAACAAGCUGAUUUGAUGAAGAUAUCGCCUCCUCACGUUAUAAUCGCUACACCUGGUCGGUUUGUUGAUCAUUUAAAGAAAACCAAAGGUUUCGACGAGUUAAAGUUCGCGAACUUACGCGUACUAGUAAUCGACGAAGCAGACAGAAUGCUCAGUACUGAUUUCGAAUCUGUCAUUGAGAGGAUUCUUUGUAUUGUUCCUGCACGGCGACAGACAUUCCUAUUCUCCGCAACCAUGACUGAAAAGGUUGGCAAACUUCAACGGACUUCAAUUCACGAUCCAGUUCGUGUGUCUACACGUAAAAGCAAAUUUCAAAGUUUGACUAAUUUACGUCAAUAUGUACACUUAGUGCCUCAGUGUGAAAUUGACUCAUAUUUAGUCUAUUUACUUCGUGUUGCACUGUGUCCUGAAAUUCAGGCUCCGGGAUUAGAUUUGAUAAAACUGCAGGCUACUGCGAUGGCGAACAGUGACUCAAAUGAUCGGCCUUUUAUGUCCACUUCUGUGAUUGUCUUCACACGUACUCGAGUAGCCAGUAACCGACUGAAUUUGCUGUUACGUCAGUUUCUACGUCAGCCUGUUAUAGCACUGAAUGGAGAUAUGCCUCAGGCUCAGCGCUUAGGAGCACUUCAUAAAUUCAAGCAGACGCAAGGUGCAGUCCUUGUAGCUACAGAUGUAGCAAGCCGUGGUUUAGAUAUCCCACAGGUUGGAUUGGUCGUGAAUUAUGAUGUCCCGUUAGAUGCGAAAAUUUAUAUGCACCGAGUUGGUCGAACUGCCAGAGCUGGUCGUUUCGGUUGUGCCUUAACAUUGCUAACCCAGUAUUCCGUUACUUUCUUCUUAAAAGAAAUUGAAUCACAUUUAAUAUCUGCUGGGGGUCUUGGUCAAGAGAGAAUACCUGCACUGAUUGAACCCAAUAGUUCAGAAGAUAAAAUGCUUGAGGCAGCAAUUGAAGAAUUGAAUAUGGAAGUAAAAGAGGCUUCUCUUAGAGCAAAUCAAGCGGUUGAAUCAAUGAGAAAGCGUUUCAAAGCCAAAGGCUGUACUGUAUUCACAGCUGUUGACGACCUUCCAACACCAAACGGCAAUGAGAUAGUCACCAAACCUGGUCUAAAACGAACUGCUUGGGCAUCUGAUGCACCCGUUUCCAAAAGAUUAGAAAUUUCAGAGGUAUUGAAUGCUAUGUCAACUAUUACUGAAGAAGGAAGUACAAAUCAACAAGAUAGUACGUCAAUUCAUUUGAGCAAAAAGAAGAAACGCAAACUCCUCUCAGAUAAGAAAGAUAAUAACAAUAAAAAAAAUAAAGUACAGAAAUUCAAGAAACACAUAAGACACAAAUAA